AUGGCUAUUGGAGUGGCAAUUAUCGGAAGUGGCAAUUUUGCCAAAGAGCAGCAUUUGCCUGCUGUUAAAGCUACCGCCGAUCUGCAGCUCAAGGCCAUCUACUCCCGAUCCUUGAAGUCGGCGCAGACUCUGGCUAGCGGGACGUCAGAUGUUGACCUCUACUCAGAUGACUCCGGUAUUGGCAGAUCCUAUGCUGAUCUCCUGGCCCGCCCAGAUAUCGGCGCUGUACUGAUUGGCCUCCCUAUCCUGGUUCAGCCUGAAUUCAUCAAGGGAGCUCUCCUCGCGGGCAAGCAUGUCCUUUCGGAGAAGCCCAUCGCCAAGGAUGUACCUACAGCCCGGGAGCUUCUGCAGUGGUACCAGACCAGCGUCGAUCCUAGCAAGGUCACCUGGGCUGUGGGUGAGAACUUUCGGUAUAUGACCAAGUUCCUUUUUGCGGCCAAAAAGGUCUGCGAGUUGGGCAAGGUCCGGCAUUUCCGGGUCAACGUCCACAAUUUGGUGAAGCAGGAUAACAAGUACUACUUGACAUUCUGGCGUAAGGUUCCGGAAUAUCAAGGAGGAUUCCUCUUGGAUGGCGGCGUGCAUAUGGUCGCUGGUCUCCGCUUGAUUCUUGGAUCUACAGAUCAUCUGACUGUGGUCUCGGCCCAGACGCAACAAUUACAGGACUAUCUGCCACCGGUUGAUACCGUUGAUGCGGUUGUUCAGACGAAGAAUGGUGCUACGGGCGUCAUCUCCCUGUCAUGGGGUUCGGACUUUAAUGACAAUGUCUUCGAGUUUGCUUGCGAGAAGGGUGUGGUGAAGAUGCAAUUUGACACCGUCACAGUAAAUGGCGUGGAACACGAUAUCGAGUUUGACGGGAAGGGAGUCGUUCCCGAGGUGGCGGAGUUUGCCAAAUCUAUUGUCAAUGGUCUGCCUGUUGCAAAGAGACAGUCACCUGAGGAGGCGUUGGCGGAUCUGGAGGUGUUGGAGCAGAUGUUGCAGAGUGGCAAGACGCAUGGGGACCGAAUGAUGCUUCAUUUCCAGGUUUAG